AUGAAGAACACUGUCCUUCUCAUGCUGGCAGGCACUGCUAUUGCCAUGCCUGUUAAUAACAACAACAAAGUCCUGCAGGCACGCAAGCCCACCUUUUUAGGCGCUGGCAUUGGCGGUGGCGCUGAUUUAAGUGCCGGUGUUCACGGUGGUGCCGGACUUGGUGCAGGUGCCGGACUUGGUGUCGGCCUCGGUGCUGGCGCUGGCCUGGGAGCUGAUGCUGGUCUCCAUGGUAUUGCUGGCCUAGGAGCUGGCUUGGGCGCUGGUCUCGGUGCAGGCCUAGGAGCUGGCGCUGGUCUAGGUGCUGGUGCCGGUCUCCACGGUGGCGCUGACCUUGGUGCCGGCGCGGGUCUGGGUGCUGGUGCCGGACUAGGUGCUGGCGCUGGUCUUCACGGUGGUGCUGGCCUAGGCGCGGGCGCUGGCUUGGGUGCUGGCAUUGGUGGCGAUGCUGGUGCUUCUGGUGAAGGUUCUGGUGAAGCCUCCGGUGGUCUUUCGGGCGGUGCUUCUGGGGGUCUCUCAGGCGGUGCUGGCGUUUCUGGAGGUACUUCCGGAGGUGCUUCAGGUGGUGCCUCUGGUGAAGCCUCCGGUGGUGUCUCUGGCGGUGCUUCUGGGGGUCUCUCAGGCGGUGCUGGCGUUUCUGGCGGUACUUCCGGAGGUGCUUCAGGUGGUGUUUCUGGCGGUGCUUCUGGGGGUCUCUCAGGCGGUGCUGGCGUUUCUGGCGGUACUUCCGGAGGUGCUUCAGGCGGUGUUUCUGGCGGUGCUUCUGGGGGUCUCUCAGGCGGUGCUGGCGUUUCUGGCGGUACUUCCGGAGGUGCUUCAGGUGGUGCCUCUGGUGAAGCCUCCGGUGGUGGCUCCGGUAGCCCUUCAGGUGGUGUUUUUGGCGGUGCGUCGGCUAGUGCUUCAGGUGGUGCCUCUGAUGAAGCCUCCGGAGGUGUCUCAGGCGGUGCUCCUGGGGGUCUCUCAGGCGGUGCCGGCGUUUCUGGCGGUACUUCCGGAGGUGCUUCAGGUGGUGCCUCUGGUGAAGCCUCCGGUGGUGUCUCUGGCGGUGCUUCUGGGGGUCUCUCAGGCGGUGCUGGCGUUUCUGGAGGUACUUCCGGAGGUGCUUCAGGUGGUGCCUCUGGUGGAGUUUCUGGUGACGCUUCCGGUGACGUUUCUGGUGGUGCCUCCGGUGGUGUUUCUGGCGGUGCUUCAGGUGAAGCCUCUGGUCAAGCUUCCGGCUCCGGCUCAGGAUCUGCAGACACCCCUGCUCCUGUCCCCACUGGUAUCAGCCCUACUGGCGAGAGCGCCGGUGUUUCCUCUGGUACCGGUACUGCUCCCUUGACUUGGAGCACUAGCAUCAGCUUCUCUUGGCCCGGCGCUACUGGCUCCGUUAGCGGCUCUGCUGGCGGCUCCUCAUCUGCUGAUACCGAUGCCAGCGCCGAUGCGAGUGCCAGCGCCAAUGCCAGCGCCCACGCGAGUGCUGACUCUAACUCAUCUGCUGGGACGGACGCGUCCGACUGCGGCUGCAACUGA